AUGGCACCGCGGCCGCAAGACUCCAACCUGGCGACAUGGGACGAACACGACGGGCGCGCUUCGCCGUCCAGAAGCCUGAGCACGGCAAACCUGGCCGAGGAAGAGGUCAUUGACGACAAUGCCGACGGCGACUAUGCCGAUGAGGAAUCCGGCCGCUGGAUUGCCCAAGCCGAUCGGAGGAGAUCGUCCGUCAGUCAGCGCCUCACGGCCAUGGCCGACAUUGGCGGCGUCAACAGCUUCCGACAGUUUGCGCGCAGCUGGCAGCGCGCCGCCGAGUUUCCCGAAGUGAUCCCGCGACGACCGAGCAUCGUGUACAAUGACGACGCCGAGCCCAUCGGGCAAGACGAAACCGGUACGCGCGACGAGGGAGAGGACGGGGCCAUCUACUACGGCCGUAGUCCAGUCGCAGCCACGCCCACGACGGGCCUGCUCGCGCAGCAUCUCGAGGGAGCGGUUGCGGCGGCUACCGGCCCGCUCGCGCCAGAUGCCACGCAGGAAGACUUUCGCACCCGCGAAGGCAAGCUGCUAGAUGCGGAGAUGGCGGCCGGCGCGCUCCCGACGGCGACCGGUGGUGGUGGCUCGGCCUCGAGCCGGUCGAGCCUCUUCGCGGCGCCGCACCUCUCGUCGCCGUCCGUCAUCGGCAGCUACGGCUCCUACCGCAGCAGCUCGCAGUACGGCACCAUGGCCUCCGGCACGACGCGGCGCCACCGCCCCCGCGCCUCCAUCCGGCCGCGGCGGUCAAGCACCGCGGCCCGCGAGAACGAUGUCGACGUCGACGGCCCCGCGUUCGGCGAGGAGAGCCCGAUCCUGGUCGUCCGCGAGGUCAAGCAGGGCGACCGGGUCGUCCUCACCGUCGACGGGCAGAGCACGCUGCCGCAGUCGACCUUCAACGCCGUCAACGCCAUCAUCGGCGUCGGCAUGCUCAGCCUGCCGCUCGCGCUGCGCCUCAGCGGCUGGCUGCUCGGCCCGGCCCUGCUGACCGUCACCGCGGCCGUCACCGCCCACACGGCGCGGCUGCUCGCCCGCUGCAUGCGUCGCGACCCGGCCCUGGUGACCUACUCGGACCUCGCGUACGUCGCAUUCGGCGCGCGCGCGCGCGUGGUCGUCGCGGCGCUCUUCACGCUCGAGCUGCUCGCGGCGUGCGUCGCCCUGGUCAUCCUGUUCGCGGACUCGCUGGACCUGCUGCUGCCGGGGGUGCGCGGCGGGCCGGCGGCGUGGAAGUGCGUGUGCGCGGCGCUCGUGCUCGUCCUGAACACGCUGCCGCUGCGCUGGCUGAGCUACACGAGCGUCGUCGGCAUCUUUUCGACGUUUUGCAUUGUUUGCAUCGUCGUCAUCGACGGCCUGGUCAAGAAGGAAACGCCGGGCUCGCUCUGGGAGCCCGCCGUCACCCACCUCUGGCCGUCAAACUGGCUCGCGCUGCCCUUGGCCUACGGGUUGAUGGCCAGCCCCUGGGGCGCCCACUCCGUGUUCCCCUCCAUCUAUCGAGACAUGCGACAUCCCCAUAAAUGGGACAAGGCCGUGACAAUCACCUUUUCAUUUUCCUACGUCUUGGACACCUGCCUCGCCGUCGUCGGCAUCCUCAUGUUCGGGGACGGCAUCCGCGACGCCAUCACCUCCAACAUCCUCCGCACCGAGGGCUUCCCGCCGGGCCUCACCUUCUUCAUGUGCGUGUGCAUCGGCAUCAUCCCGCUCACCAAGAUCCCCCUCAGCGCGCGCCCGCUCAUCACCACCGCCGACGUCAUCUUCGGCCUCCACUUCGAGCCGCAGCAGCAGCAGCAGGCCGGGAGCCGCCGCUGGGUGCGUGAUGCUCAGCGCGCCAGCGUCCGCGUCGGCGUCGUCCUCGUCCUCCUCGCCAUCUCCAUCGUCUUUCCCGCUUUUGAUUCGGUCUGCGCGUUUCUCGGCGCCGCCCUCUGUACCCUCAUCUCCAUCGUCCUGCCGAUUGCGUUUUAUUUAAAGCUCUUCCGGGACGAAAUCUCACACGUGGAGCGCAUAGUCUCAUGGGUUAUCAUCAUUGUCUUCUCCAUCUUGGGCUUGAUCGGCACGGCUUGCACCUUUUUGCCUAAGAGCAUGGUGGAUGCCUAG